GCGGUGGACAUCUUUGAGAAGCCGCACGGAUUGGGUGGCUUUUCGCACAGAUACGUGUUGUGGAGGUUGGUGGCAAAAAAAAGCAUCCCAAAUGCUCUGAAUGCACUCGCGCGGACACAGCAUCUCCAGCUCCGACUCGGGGAGCCGCUUUUCGACGCUCGAGAAGAAGAAGACCGUCUGUCCCAGACUGCAGGAUGAUACGACGAACGAGUUACCCGGGCUCCGCGACGGUGUCGCUGCGUCGCCAUGCCCUCCGCGCAAGCCUGUGCUCUCUCCAACAAGGACGGGCGGCGGGAGUCGCCCAACGUCGCCGCUCGUCGCACGAGCCGCUUCCGAUACGCCCAUGUCCCCUUUGAAGGUUCACCUGUCCAAUGACACGUUCAAGGGAGUUAAGUGUGGCGAUGCGACCGAUGUCAAGGGCAUCCUGCGGCUGCUGUCGUCACAGCUGUCGGAGCGGCCGCUUCCACUGAGUGUCCUGUUGGCAUUACGCCUGUACCACCCAGCGUCCGGGGAAGUCCGGUGGCUCCACCAGGACACCACCAUGUUCCAGGUGGUCGAGAAGUACCUCCCGCAGCACAACACCAGCGACUGGAGGUUCGAGCUAAGGGUACGCUACCUGCUCAGUAACUUGCAAGAAUUCCAUGAUAAGGACCCCAUACUCUUCACAUACUUCUAUAGACAGGUCAAGAACGACUAUCUACGAAAGUGCACGAAUGUGGAUCAGGACCUGGCGAUUUAUCUAGGUUGCUUAGAAAUUAGGCGUUUUGCUAAGGACAUGACCCACGGAGCACUCGACAAGAAGUCCAACUACGAGCUGAUCGAGAAGGAGAUUGGGCUACACAAGUUCUUUCCGGCCCACGUCAUUUCGUCGAACAAGCCGAAGAACCUGCGCAAACUCAUCCAGGCCCAGUUCAAGAAGUGCUCACAGCUCAGUGAGACCCAGUGCAUGUUGCGAUUCUUGGAGUUGGUGCGUCAGGUGCUGGCCUAUGACCGGGAGAGCUUCUCUUGUGCCCUGGGGACCGGUUGGAGCGUACCCGUGGAGUUGGUUGUGAACCAGGAACUCGGCAUUGGCUACCUCACAGAUCGAAAUGGACAGCUGAAUCACAUAGCUAACUUCCAGCAGGUCCAGAGCAUUCAAACCAUAGUCAGCGACGUUAACCCAAAGCCAGUGCUUCAGCUGAAGAUUGCAGGUACCUCAGAGGUGCUAAGCAUCUCUUGUCCCUCACUGGCUGUAGCGGAGAGCAUUGCCGACUUGGUGGAUGGCUACUGCCGGCUAAUGCAAGGAACACAGGCGUCCUUCUGGAGCCGUAAAGAAGCCACUGCGGAAACUGACGAAGAUGCCCAUCCUCCUAAGUACAGGGCGGGCGUCAAGCACAAGAAUCAUUCCAACCCCUCUGGCCCCAAGAAGCAGGGUGCCUCAGAGGACUAUGCCGAGAUCGUGGAUGAAGAAGGAGACUAUUCAACGCCUGCGACCAAAGACUACGAACUUUGUCGUUCUCACAUCACGCUUGGUGACAUCAUCGGGGAAGGCCAGUUUGGAGAUGUUCACAAGGGGACGUACACUUCACAGGCUGACAACCAGGUGAUCCCAGUGGCCAUCAAGACCUGCAAGGUGGAGACGGAGGAUUCCAUGGGCGAAAAGUUUCUCGAAGAAGCCUAUAUCAUGCAGCAGUUUGAUCACCCCCACAUCAUCAGGCUCAUCGGCAUAUGCUCAGGCUCACCCAUCUGGAUCGUCAUGGAGCUGGCGAAACAUGGAGAGAUGCGGGCCUACCUACAGAACAACAAACACCGGUUAGACUUGGCCACUCUGAUUCAGUAUGCCUACCAGCUCAGCACAGCGCUAUCUUAUCUUGAAAGCAAGAAAUAUGUCCACAGGGACAUAGCAGCGCGCAACGUGCUGGUGUCGUCGCAUGACUGCGUCAAGCUGGGUGACUUUGGCCUGUCUCGCUGGGUGGAGGAUCAUUCCUACUACAAGGCUUCUCGCGGGAAGCUGCCGAUUAAAUGGAUGGCACCGGAGUCUAUCAACUUCAGACGCUUCACGGCCGCCAGCGAUGUCUGGAUGUUUGGGGUUUGCAUGUGGGAGAUCCUCAUGCUGGGCGUCAAGCCCUUCCAGGGAGUCAAGAACAACGACGUGAUCGGCCGCAUCGAGGACGGCGAGCGGCUGCCGCUCCCUCCCGACUGCCCUCCGCGCCUGUACAGCCUCAUGUCCCAGUGCUGGUCGUACGAGCCCUCCAAGCGGCCUUGCUUCAGAGAUGUCAAGCAGGUGCUCAGUGAAAUUCUGGCCGAGGAACGGCACCAGCUGGAAGACACCAUGCGGAGGGAGAAUCGUCGUGUUCAGGCCAUGUCUUGGGGUUCUUCUGGAUCUGAUGAGCCACCACCCAAGCCUUCCCGGCACCCCGUGGACCGAGGUAGCCGCGCGCAGACGCCGACCCCGACCGUGGGCACCUACAUCGUGGCCCAGACGCCCGAGGUGCUGGCCCAGCUGCUGCAGGAGAACGACGGGAGCUUACCCCCGGCAUGGGCCUACGUGGCGCCGGCCUCGCCGACCAACACAUUCACGGUACAGGACCUAGCCGGCGGUGCUUCUGCAAGCGCCCCGGGCAGCGCACUGGGGAGCGGCGGCAGCAAUGCCGACUGCAGCAGCACGACGGGGGGUAGCAUGGCGGGAAGCACGACGUCGUCAUCGGCGUCCCCCCGGGGGGGCGCUGCCGCGUCGGCUGUGGGAGCAGCAGGUCAAAGGUCAAGCCUCGCCUCACAGGACCUCGUCCUAGAGCAAGAGAGUUACGACAACCUCGUGGACAAUGACACUCUCGAGCAGAGGCUGCUGGAGAUGAAGCUGCAGAUGCAGCAGCGUGAGACUGAGGAAGACUCGAGGUGGCUGAGCCAAGAGGCGACCCACUUUGACCCGCUCCCGACGACACCCAAUCGCCCCCGAGCGUCGUGCAGUGAUGCUUCAGAUGCAGGGAGCGUAGGCGUUGCAAAUGGCACCGGCCCGUCUUCUCCAGUUGUAACAAGUCCAGGACCAUUCAACCAAGAUGAAGUUUCUAUGGGAUCUCUAGAAUACUCCAUGGUAGAUAAGAAACAUAAGAGCCCCAUUGUCCAGCAGUCGCAGCCGUAUCCGCCUCCCAAGCCGGAGGUGAUGCCGGCCGCUCAGCCUCCUACGCUGGAGACCGACCGGACGAACGACCACGUGUACGAGUGCACGACCCGCGUAGUCCGUUCGGUCAUGCAACUCUCCCAAGGAGUCACUGAGGCCAGGGCGGAAGAGUACCUAGAACUGGUCAAGAAUGUAGGCUUGGAGUUGCGAAGCCUCUUGGCCAGCGUCGAUGAUCUCAUGACUUUCUUUCCCCUGUGGUCCAAGAAGGAGGUGGAGAUGGCUCACCGUGUCCUCAGCAAGGACAUGGCGAACCUGGUUCAAGCAAUGAAAUUGGCCAUCAAAUACUCAAAGACGACGCUCGACGCCGAGUACCGCCGCGGCAUGCUCAGCUCCGCGCAUGCGCUCGCCAUUGACGCCAAGAACCUGCUGGACGUCGUCGACUCGGUCCGAGUCCGCAUCCAGAUGUCGCCGCCGGCGACGCCUACAGCGCCCCCUACGUUAUCUUCGCCUGUCACGGCAUCGAACGGCCAGGCAGCAGUUGAGGACGAGGAGGCGACAUCUGCGGGCUGUGUACAACGAGAAGUAGUUGAGCAGGACUGCGAACCAAGCUAUGACGUUGCUUAACGAAUUGUAUCUUAUAUUGCGUGUGCAGCUAUUGCAUGUUUCAGUGAGAAAGGAAAAGGAAACUCGGGUACCACGAACCCCUCGCGAGAGGCGUACAAAUUUUAAAGGGCACCCUGCCAGGUUUCGUGGCGCAUGUCGCUUGAGGUCGUCUUCAACCGUACUGCUGCGAAUAGGUGCGUAGCUGCACUCGUUGAUGCUUGUCAAAUACCGUAGAAAGCGCCUGCUAUUGUAACGCAUCGUGAGCACAUGUAGCAGUCGGAAUCGGCGAUCCAUUUUGGAGUGCGGAGUUGUUUUGUGCAGCUGAAGAGAGCGGUGUUUUCGAAAAGUUUUUCCCUGCAUAAAACGCAAGCUGCAUGCUUGUUUGGUAGGCACAUGGCUCAUUGCUUCAAGGAUGAGAACGCAUUAUCUCCAACUGCAGUUCUGUCACGUGCAGUGCUCUGGGUAAACAGAUCAGGGGACACAUCCGGCAUAUGUAAGGUUUGAGUGAACUGCCUCGGGUUGUGCUGUUUUUUGUGGGGACCAUGUCAAGCUUGUUGAUGGGAAGGGAAACUUUAACUUCUAGUGUUUGCAUACCAGCGGCAGCUUUACUUUUACUUAUGCUCUGCGGAAUUCCUCUAACCAGUAAAGAUAAACCAGCAAACUAGGUUACAUUGGUUUGUUUUUAGAUAGUAGAAACCAGUCUUUAACCAUAAGAGAAUGAUAUGUCGUUUUUAUUGAAGAUCACAUUACAUUGUUGCAUCACUGUCACUUGGCCAUUCGCUUAGCUGUCAGGCUCUUCGAAACUUAUCGUCGGUCUGCCUUUGAAAGAAAGAAAUCUCUGGCUUAGUGUUUGACACUCACUGAUCUACUUGCUAAGAGCUUGCUGCUGAGCUGUUGCCUCAUGCAAGUGCACGUGUCACCUCGAAAGUUUCAGUGCCUGAUUAGGAAGUCUUAAGGCUUGGUAAGAAAAUAGCUUCUAGUUCGUUAGGAGGUGGGGGCUGUAAAAGUAGCCUUAGCAAACCUUAAAAAGACCAAAAACGGGAGUGAAUCCUAGGCAGCCUAGGCGCAGGGAACUGUUCGCAUCUAUAGCAAAGGACCCAUCUUGCAUAGUGCAUUCAAAUUUCUCAGUCUAAUCUGAGUUCGGUAUUAGUGUGCGUACAACUGCAGCUACGUGCUUGUUCUCAAGCUUUUUCAUUCUAUGCAGCUUAGUGUGCGCUCUUGCUGUGCGGUGAUUUUUUACAUAGUCGUCUCUCAUUUACUUUGGUCAUCACUCAUUUCUCAUGCAGAAGCAGCUACUGCAAAAGAAAGAGAGAAAAUGGUCUCUUUUCUUCUCAAUUUCUGGCGGGUGUCCUAAAUGCUUUGCAUUUACAGGGCUUUUUUUUUUAAUCCUUUUGUCACUUGUAAGCAGCAUAGCAGAUGGGAGUGUGCCACGAAAGUCUCUUAUGUUCUGAAUUUGUAGUUGCUUUUUCUCAAUGGAAUACCAAUGUUCUGACUGUGGUCUCAGUGUAUAAAGAACCCUCAGAUAGAAGUGUACUGUUCCCUCUCAGUUCAAAUUAGGUGUAGAGAAGAAAUUAGAAUAAUUCAUCUUUAUUUUUGCCAGUAGAAAAUUCACAUUUUGAUUGGCUGGAAACGCUGCGACUGAGUGAGCGAUAAGACAAACUCUGUAACAAGAGCAUAAAGGUAGAAUGACAAAUAUUUAACUCAGGCCGGGAACAAUCCUAACGUCUGUCUGAAUGCACGCGAACGAAUUUACUACCUAUUAUUAUUUUAAUUGCCGUAGCAUUUCGGUUUCCUCUGAUGCAACUAGUCUUGCAAACAUCAGCUCUUGCAAAGUGCUCACAUGCCACAUUUAGCAGUCAUUGGUAUUACUACGUAGCCUACAUUUCUUUCACUGUUGUGAGUGUUGAAGAACUUAUUGCACAGCAUCUACAUUAAUUCAGGAACACUAUCUGCUGUUGUAUUUCUCAAUGUGUGUGUUGUGCGUUUUUUUAACUAGAAACACUUGGCUUUUCACUUUUAGCAAGAACAGUAGGCCUGUAUUCAGGAAAUUGGCAAAGUACUGAAGUUUGAACUCAUAUUUUGGUGAAGAACUAAAAAAUCAAAGGGUCAGCUUGUGACACCAAAAGUGGUUCCAAAGACGUCAAAUAUGGCUUCAAAGGUGGCACUGUGACAGUGGCUCACUAUAUGACAGACAUAAUGAAACCAUUCUUUGCCCUGUAAAUGCAAAAGUAUUUAAACGAGUCCGCAUAUUUGGAAUUGUUGAUAGCAGCCUGUGCAUCAUCCAGCUAUCUUUCCGUUUGGGAGGCGCACCACUUUACAUGUAUACUUAGCGCUUGAAUCCGAAGUGCGGCUUGGGUGUGAACGCGAGAACGCUUGUCAGGAACGGACACAUCAUGAGGGUGAGUGGCUGUGUGCGACAGUGACCGUAUGCUUUUUCAAGUGCAGCUACUUACUUGAAAUGUGCAGAAUUUUUUUUUUUUCGUAUUUUGAGAGCCAUUUCAUUGCUCUUCGGCAGCGGCAGCACACGUAACCGCGUUUCCAGCAUGUCACCAUAUUCACCAGCCUUCCCACUUUAACAAAACGGGUUGCACCUUUCUGUUCAUCUUCCUUUGAGGCGAUGCAUAGUUUACAAUGCUACAAGCCUUUGUGUGAGAGAGAAGUCGUUCGAAAAUGGCUAGUUUUUCCAUUAUGUGUAACUGGCAUAAUAAAAUGAGAUGCGCUCGAGGGACUUAUUUAUCAUAGCUAUAUGCAAUUUUUUUAUAAAUCUUUUCGUAAGAAAAGUUUGGACACUUUAUUCACCUUGUCACAAGACAGUGACCCUAUAUACAUAUGUAUCUUCGGUAGCUAUUUAUCCCCUGAGCAACGCGCUGUCUCGCAUUGUAGCAGGAAGAAAGAACCCCCUGGUGAUAAGGUGUCUUAACAUGGGAAAACAUUUAACAUGUGCAGCGUACACGUCUAACUCUGGCUUGCGAAAAAAUGGCAGCAAACUAGUCACUGUGCGAACUUGCCGCAUUGUAAAUUCAAAACUCCCGACAUUUUCGUUCUUCGACAGCGAAAUAUUGCUGUUUUUUUAUAGCCCUGUGCUGUAUACACGAUAACAAAUGGACAUCUUCAUGGCCUUUCUCACAACACCUUUUUUUUUUCCCAGAUGUAUCGGUAUGUGUGUGUGUGUGUGUGCGUGUGUAUGUUAUGUUCACAUGUUAAUAGAACUUAUUAAAUUCAAUUCGAAGUGA